GAUAAGCCUUGCUGGAAAGAUCAUGACAGGCCAGUUCUCCCAGACCUCUCCAUUGGCCGGCGUUGGAUUCCAGAGGAAGGUUAUUUUGAGGGUCUUGUCUGUCACAGCUGUUGUCUCAGGCACCAGAGUGCUGCUGGGUCCCCUUCAGCCCUCUCUUUCUUUCCACUGCUCGUGUGGACUAACAGCUCCAUUAUACUCCACACAUUGGCAGAUGAUGGAGAGCAGUUCGGUUGAUGCCAGUGACCAGGUCAAUGGUGAGGAGGAGCAGCCCGUGGACCCAAUCGAGGACUUCGGCAGGCAGCUCGAGGACAUCAUCAACACAUAUGGCUCAGCUUCCAGCCUGAUGGAGGAGCAGAUCGCCAUCCUGGAGAACGAGGACGAGAAGCUGGAUGAAGAAGUCGGACCUGAGGAAGUGGCCACCAGUGCGGAGGCCAGCGGGAGCCCAGAGGAGGAGCCAUCAGCUGAGAAAGUUCUCAAAGGUCUUGGUAAGGAGGCUUCGCUCCUGCUGCAGAACCUCAACAAGCUCAGCUCAGCCGAGGAGAAAGUGGAGACAGUGCUGAAGAAGUACGCCGAGCUGUUGCAGGAGCAGAGGGGGGAGCAGCGGCAGCUGAAGUUCCUGCAGAGGAGGGAGGAUCUCUUGGUCAAGCAGAGAGACCAGCUCCAGUUUGAGCACAGCCGCGCCAUUCUGGCCCGCAGCAAGCUGGAGACCCUGUGCCGCGAGCUUCAGAGACACAACAGGACCCUGAAGGAGCACUUGCUGCAGAGGUGUCGUGAGGAUGAGAAGAAGCGUAUAGAGAUCACCACUCAUUUCCAGAGCACGCUGGUGGACAUUCAGGCCCAGAUCGAGCACCACAGCAACCGCAACAACAAACUGUGCCAGGAGAACAGUGAGCUGGCCGACAAACUCAAGGCCAUCAUCGAGCAGUACGAGCAGAGAGAGGAGAGUUUGGAGAAGAUAUUCAAACAGAGGGAUCUGCAGCAGAAACUGGCAGACGCCAAACUGGAAGAAGCGAACCUGCGGCUGAAGGAAGCUGAGGAAAAGCACAAUAGAGAGAAGGAAUAUUUGCUUAAAGAAGCAAUUGACAAAACAAAGAAAUGCUACACAAUGAAGCAGCAGGAGUUACAGAUGAAGAAGCAGCUUGUGUUGUACUCGCAGAAGUUCGACGAGUUCCAGGCUACACUGGCCAAGAGCAACGAAGUUUAUGUUACUUUCAAACAUGAGAUGGACAAGAUGACCAAGAAAAUGAAGAAACUGGAGAAGGAGUCAAAUACAUGGAAGAUACGCUUUGAAAGCUGCAGCAAAGCCCUUACUGAAAUGAUUGAGGAGAGAUCUGAGAAGGGCAAAGAGCUCGAGCUGUUCACCUUGAAGAUUGCAAAGCUGGAGACGUUGUGCCGAGCGCUGCAGGAGGAGAGGAAAGUCCUAUACGACAAGAUCAAAGAGAUCCGCUUGCAGGGCUUUGCAGCCUCAGCACCAGUGAAGGGCACAGAAGAGGAGCUCCCAGAGCUGAACCAGCUGCCAGAGCCAGAGGUGGCAAGCAACCCCGCCCUAACUGCUGAGAUGGAGAAGCUGUGGAAGGAGCAGGCCCGGCUGGAGGAGUUUGCAGCCUCCCUCAUGGCCUCCACUGCAGACGACAUGGAGGAUUCCGACGAUGAAGAGGAAUCAUCUCAGCCUAAACCAGAGGCUUCCUCUGUUGCCGUGUCAGGCGAACCACAAGCACUGAAGUUAACAUCCACAGUUGAAGAACCUUCCAGUUUGGAAGAAGACAAGAAAGAGGUAGUCAGUGAAGAGGCCAGUAAAUCAUCUGCAGUUCCUGAGCCAAUCAAAAAUGAGGCAAGUCAGUCUGAGGUCAAGCAAGAGCCAAGCCAACAAGCAGAGUCACCAAAAGAGGAACCACCCAAAGAAGAAGCUGCAGAAGUAGAGCCAGUCAAGCAGGACGCGCCCAAGGAAAAAUCCAGCAAGCCAAAACCUGUUCGGCAAAAAGAGGUGAGAUUCAAAGAAGUGGAAACAGAGGCCCCCAAAGUGGAGUCUACCAAAGAAGAAGUCAAUACAACACAAGAAGACCCCAAAGCAGAGGCUACCAAAGAAGUCGGUACAACACAAGAAGACCCCAAAGUAGAGUCUACCAAAAAAGAAGUCAGUACAACACAAGGAGACCCCAAAGUAGAGUCUACCAAAGAAGUCAGUACAACACAGCAAGACCCCAAAGUAGAGUCUACCAAAGAAGAAGUCAGUAUAACACAGCAAGACCCCAAAGUAGAGUCUACCAAAGAAAAAGUCAAUACUACACAAGAAGACCCCAAACAGGAGCCUGCUAAAGAAGCAAGUUCAACCAAACCAACCAAAGAAGCUAUCAAAGAAGAAUCGAGCACAGCAGAGCCCCCCAAAGUGAAGCCUCCCAAUGCAGAAGCAGAAACAGCAGACGCCCCCAAGGUAGAGCCAAUCAAAGAAGAACCCAGCACAUCUGAACCCGUGAAAGCACAACCAGAACCAGCUGAGGCUGCAGCACCCAAAACAGAGGAAGCCAAACCACAAACCUCCAAAGGCCAAGAAGCCAAGCCAAAGCCCAGCAAAGCCCAGCCCAAAAAACAAGGCGCCUCUAAGAAGAAAGGUGCAGCUAAGGGGGCGAAGAAAAGCUGAGGAGAUUAACAUAAAGUAAUUGGCUGCCACAGUUUCACUGAAAAUGUUCUCUCUUUCGUCCUUAAUUUUGGCUUUUGUGUGUUUGGAUAAGUGCAGUGCUGUGUGAGUUUUGGGUUAUAUAUAUUAAACGUAUCUAACCUUUCCUACUAAUUUAAGAACAGCCCCUUGGUAAGCUUUUUAUAGCUCUCUAAGUGCGAUUCAUACUUUUUUCAUCCUGUAAUACGUUUCUCUACUCGUAAAUAAAGAUGACAUUCUGUUGAUAAAAAA